GAUUGAGUAGUGAAGUCAUUGGCAGUGAAUCAUUAGCAUUCUCUUCUGGAACGUGCACGGCUUUCAACGUCUGUAACAAAGUGUCCCUGUGUUGUCAUUUGUGGCAUAACUAUCUGCGUGUGAGUCUUCAGUAUGCAGUAUGACACGCUGCCGAACCACCUACACGCCACCAUAUGAACGCCGCGCAAACAAUUUGGACAGUCAUAAUAGAGGAACGAUUCACUGACAUCUCACAACAUCAAAACUGAUUGAGUUGAAGAGGGCGACUCAAUUCAUCACAGAAUCUUCAUAACCUCCCAGGACUUCUUGCAACGGCUCUUGAAUUUUUUUUGUUACUUUACCAAACAUGGCGUCGACCAGUCUUCAGCUGCUGGGCCUGGUGUUGGCGGUAAUGGGCUGGGUGUGCGGGGCGCUGGUGUGUGCUGCCCCUUUGUGGCGCGUGUCUGCCUUUGUGGGCGGGGAGUUGGUGAUCGCUCAGGUGACAUGGGAAGGACUUUGGAUGAACUGCCUGUCUCAGACCACGGGUCAGAUCCAAUGUAAAACCUACGACUCCACGCUGGCUUUGCCCAAAUCCACCCAAGCUGCCCGCGGCCUCACUGUCCUCUCCCUGAUGCUCUGCAUCCUGGCCCUGCUACUUGGGGUAAUCGGGGCCAAAUGCACCCACUGCAUGGGCAAUGCUAAUCAAUCCGACAAGACUCGGCUCGGCAGGCUAGCGGGGGUGCUGUUUAUCGUGGCUGGUCUCGCCUUCUUGAUACCGAUCUCUUGGACUGCUUAUGCAAUAAUCAGGGACUUUUAUGACCCCAAUGUUGCAGCACCCCUAAAAAGAGAAUUAGGACCAGCAUUGUAUCUAGGAUGGGGGGCCAGUGUCCUGCUCCUGUUAGGGGGAGCUCUUCUUCACGUUGGCUCCACUACAGUAGGAGGAGGAACAUUGCCGACUAUUGGAAAAGCAGCGAAAGACAACCCUGGGGCAGCAGGAGAGGUGAAGACACAAGAAAAAUCUUUUGUGUAAGUUUUAAUGGGACAUUUGAAGUAGGAUUCAACUGGCAAGUCUCAUACCUGUCAAUCCUCUUGUUUUCCCAGAGAGAAACUUGCUUAUUUUGCCCUUUUUUUUCCCAUUGCGUGCCCUCCAGUACUACAGUAAUCCUCGGAUAUAUCGGAUUCAAUUGUUCCCACUGGUUUUGUCCGAUAUAAGCGAAAUCUGUUAUAUGCGUAUACCGGAAAAUGUCCAUUUUACGCAUAUAUCGGAUUUAUAUCCGGUAUAUGCGUAAAUCGGAUUUUAUCCGUUAUAAAAAGGCACUUCCUUGACUAUGUUUCCAAUGUACCUGGACUGGGCAAUGAAAAGAGACGUAAGGUAAUGAGAAUUGAACUUUAUUGGACUCUGAGCAUAACAAAUUGUUAAUUAAGCUAGGCCCUGUUACGCCCGUCAGGCCUACGUUAUUUCCAAUAGUGAGGUUAAGAUCUCAUUCACUGCUGUGCUAGUAUUAUUGACGUCACUCACUUUUAUAUUUGUCCUAAAUCUGGAGCCAGGAGAAAGACAAUAGCCAGUGACAUCAACAAGAUUAGCAUAACGAUGCGGCCAUCCGAUAUAUGCCAGGGAAAUUUCAUGGAAAUGCAUUGGAACGGGACUGGAGAUUUUGUCCGAAAUAGGCGAAAUCCGUUAUAAAAAAUCCGAUAUAUGCAAUGAAUUUUUAUUGGAAAUGCAUUACAGAAAAAUCGGUUCUUUUUUAUCUGUCCGUUGUGAGCGAAUUUCCGAUAUAUCCGAGUACGAUAUAUCGAGGUUUACUGUACAUGUAGCAUACAGUACAAUAAAUUGACAAUUGGUUCAGAGAAUAUGCUUUUAUUGCCACCUAGUGUCUACUAUCAGGUGUCGUCACAACAAAACAUCAAUACCGCUGGUGAUAUGAUUAUUACAGGAUUUCCCAGGAUUUCGUCUCUGGAAAUGACAAAUUAGCUAUUCAGGCCAGAUUGUUGUGUUUUUUUUUUUUUUUUUUUUUUUUAAGUCAAAACAGCUGAGAUAGUUAAAAAUGUCCUCACUUGUUAUUGGAAUUACUGUAUAUUUAAUUAAGAGUUGUUUUUCAUGUUAGGGAAAUCAGAUUUAUUAAUAUGUGCUUUCUUCAAGUCAUUCAUUGUAGGUGUAAAUAGUGGGAGGAUGUUAAAUGCUGUGAUGAUUACUAAUGUGUGUACGUACAUUUCUCAAAUUCCACUCAACCCUCUGUGUGUGUGUGUGAGAGAUAGUGGGUGGUAUGUACACAGAGAACCACUGUACAUCAUCUAAACGUGUGUGCGUUUGUGCGUGUGUGUGUAAGAGAGAGAAAGACAAAGUAUCACCAUUGUUUAUCUGUGAAUCUUUAUUCUGUGUAUUUGAGCUUUUUAAAAUCAUUUUUGAUUCCUGUUCAUAUUUUUGGAGGAAUAUCUUUUUUUUUUAAUGUUGCAUUUGCUAAUACAAUACAUUUUAAAACAGUUUUAUCAUGCAUUUCCUAAUUUUACAUUAUUUUCUGGGUUGGGAAGUUGAAUAAAUUUUUUGUUGGGGUAAAUAAUUUACUUUCUGACUAAUUAAUUAACUGAUUAAUUUAUAAUGUG